AUGACUGCGAAACAAAGGAAUUUGCCUUUCCUCUUGACUUUCUUCUACUUCUUUUCCAUAUGUCCAGCUAAACUUGUACUUGCCUUGUCAAAUGAGACAGAUCACCGUGCAUUGCUAGCAUUCAAACACGGGAUAAAGGAGGAUCCCCACCAUGUAACAAGCUCAUGGAACAAUUCCAUCCCCUUUUGUGACUGGCGCGGUGUUACGUGUAGCAAUCGGCAUCAGAGAGUCGUCUCACUCAAUCUCUCGUCACUUCAACUGGCAGGCUCACUGUCUUCUCAGGUAGGAAAUCUCUCUUUUCUCCGAACCCUUGACCUUGACUGCAACCACUUUUAUGGGAGACUACCUGAAGAGAUCAGCCUCUUAUUUAGACUUGAGACUCUUACACUAGCAAACAAUUCCUUUCAAGGACAACUGCCCACAAAUCUCACUAAUAGUGCACGUCUUUUGACUCUUAAUCUAGAAGGGAACAACUUUACAGGAUCAAUCCCCGAUGCACUUGGUUAUCUUCCAAAGCUAACUAUAAUAAGCCUAUCUGCAAAUCGACUUACAGGGAAAAUUCCACCUUCACUUGGGAAUCUCUCACUUUCUCACCUUUAUAUAGCCAAUAAUCAAAUAGAAGGAAGCAUACCCCAAGAACUUGCCCGCCUCUCCAACUUGCAAUUCCUCCAUCUUUCACAAAAUAAUCUUUCCGGUGCAAUUCCUGCUUCCCUGUAUAAUAUAUCAUCCAUCAAAGUCUUGGCUGUGGCAGGGAAUAAUCUAACCGGGUUUCUUCCUUCUAGUUUAUUUCUCACUCUGCCCAAACUUGAGAAACUGUAUCUUGGAGGUAAUCAAUUUGUUGGGCUGAUUCCCGAAACGAUAACAAAUGCUUCCGCACUGGUGCGAGUAGACUUUUGCCUAAAUUUCCUUUCCGGGUCAAUACCGAAAAAAUUGGGAGGCCUACAUAACUUGGAGCUUCUAAACUUUGGUGGAAAUGUUCUAGGAACAGAAGAAGGCAACGAUCUUACUUUUCUUGAUUCCUUGAGCAACUGCACCAAUUUAAGAGAAGUCUUUGUGCCUCUAAAUCUCCUGAAAGGUGUUAUACCAGCUUCAUUAGGGAACUUCUCCACCACGCUCACGACCCUCUGGCUCGACAGAAAUUUGCUACAUGGAUCCAUUCCUUCAAACAUAGUAAACCUAGUGAAUUUGGAGAUUCUUUCGUUGUUUGAGAAUAAGCUUUCAGGGAGUAUUCCCCGCUCCAUUGGAGAGCUCUCCAAACUGCAAGUGCUUCGGCUUUAUCAUAAUAUCCUCUCUGGUAUAAUUCCAUCAACAAUUGGCAACGCGACAUCACUCAACAUCCUCUUGUUAUCAGAUAAUAUGCUAGAGGGGAGCAUACCGGAUUCAACAGGCAACUUCACGAGUUUGAAGGAGCUUGACUUGUCCCGGAAUAACCUCGCUGGUGCAGUGCCUGAUCAAGUUUGGGGUCUCACUUCCCUCUCCAUAGGACUAUUCCUAGCAGGUAAUGCAUUGACUGGAUCAAUACCAUCACAGGUGGGUGAGAUUGUGAAUCUUGCAGAACUCGAUGUCUCCGAUAAUAGUUUGUCCGGAGAAAUUCCGACCACUUUGGGCAACUGUCUAGUGUUGCAAUUUCUCAGACUGGAAGGUAACCACUUCAAUGGGGUCAUUCCUUUGUCACUGAAAAACUUGAAAGGAAUCGAAGUUCUCGACCUUUCCAGGAACAAUCUCUCGGGUCAAAUUCCCGAGUUCUUCUUAGAGCUCCCUUUUAUUCAGAAUCUAAAUCUUUCCUUCAAUAUGUUUGAUGGUGAAGUACCAAGAGGAACUUCCGGUAACCUCAGUGCAAUUUCGGUUGAGGGAAACAACAAACUUUGUGGAGGAUUUCUGGAGCUGCACUUGCCACCAUGUCGAAGUCACGAGAGGAAAAAGCUCCAUCGUCCACCUUAG